AUGUUAAACGUCCCGUCUCACCUCCCCCCCUCACCUCCCCCCCUCACCUCCCCCCCUCACCUCCCCCCCUCACCUCCCCCCCUCACCUCCCCCCUCACCUCCCCCCCUCACCUCCCCCCCUCACCUCCCCCCCUCACCUCCCCCCCUCACCUCCCCCCCUCACCUCCCCCCCUCACCUCCCCCCCUCACCUCCCCCCCUCACCUCCCCCCCUCACCUCCCCCCCUCACCUCCCCCCUCACCUCCCCCCCUCACCUCCCCCCCUCACCUCCCCCCCUCACCUCCCCCCCUCACCUCCCCCCCUCACCUCCCCCCCUCACCUCCCCCCCUCACCUCCCCCCCUCACCUCCCCCCCUCACCUCCCCCCCUCACCUCCCCCCCUCACCUCCCCCCCUCACCUCCCCCCCUCACCUCCCCCCCUCACCUCCCCCCCUCACCUCCCCCCCUCACCUCCCCCCUCUUACAUCCCACCCCCUCACCUUCAUUCUCUCUCCUCUCUCCUUUCUCCUCUCUUCCCCCCACCUUCCCCCUUCUCGCUUCUCCCUUGUCACCUCCCCCUCUUCCCCCACCCCUCUCCUCCCGCGUUCCCCCUUCCCCCUCCUCCCCCCUCCCCAAACUCACCUCGUCCAGCACGCGCAUUGCCUCCUCUGCAGACCCCUCCCCCCUCCCCAAUCCCCAAUCCCCAAUCACCCCUCUCACCUCGUCCAACACCUGUGGCCCCUUCGCUUCCUCCUCUUCCCACUCACCUCCCCCCUCCCCCCCCUCCCCCCUCCCCCCCUCCCCCUCCCCCCUCCCCCUCCCCCCCCCCCCCCCCCCCCCCCCCCCCUCCCCCCUCCCCCCUUCCCCCUCCCCCCUCCCCCCUUCCCCCUCCCCCCCCCCCCCUCCCCCCUCCCCCUCCCCCCCCCCCCUCCCCCCUCCCCCCCCCUUCCCCCCCCCCCUCCCCCCUCCCCCCUUCCCCCUUUACCGUCUCACCUCGUCCAACACCCGCAUCGCCUCCUCUGCAGACCCAACCGGCGCCGCUACCGCCACGAAGCGACUCCUCUUAA